AAAAAUUAUAUUAGUAAGAGAUAUAAAUUGUCAAUAUUGAUUGUGGUUUAUUGCUCUCAUUUCGGAUCAAUUGAAAACCAUUAUCACAUUUUUUAUUGUAGUGUUGGUACCAACGGUACUAUAAAUUAUCUUGUAAUGGACCUAAUGGGACCAACAAUUGAAGACAUUUUCAUUUAUUCUCACCGUGAAUUUACGUUUAAGACCGCGCUUGCACUCGGCAUACAAAUGCUCAAAUGUAUUCAGCAAAUUCACGCCAAAAAUAUUCUUCACAGAGAUAUUAAACCGAAUAAUUUUGUGAUGGGUAUUAAAAAAAAUUGCAGUAUUAUGUAUCUUAUAGAUUUUGGUUUAUCUAAGAAAUAUCAAGAUGUGGACGCUUCUCAAGUUGAUACGGAUCAUCCAUCUGAUAAAGUAAAUUUGACGCUUGAAAUCACAUUUGAUCAAACUCUAUUGUGGAUGAAAAUUUCGUUCGAGUUUUUUGAUAAGUAUUUAUAUAAUAAUUUACAGGAAUUAAGCGAAGGAUGUCCAGCAGAAAUCGAAAAUUUGAUUCAGUAUUGUCGAAAUUUAGAUAUUGACGAAAUUCCCGACUAUGACGGUAUUUUCAAGAGUCUUCGCAAUUUAUUGAGGACUUUUUGGCAGCAGGUAUUUUUUAUAUAA